AUGCGUUCCGCGGCAAAGCUGUUCUACACCGCUGUCUUCGCCUUGGCGACUGUCGCAGAUGCUAGCCAUGUCUCCAAAGAACUCGACACAGCGAAAUGCGCUUUUGAUCCCUCGGCUAUGGUUACAGACGCCUGCGUUUCGUACGGCACUAUUAACAAACUCAACGACGAUGUCUACUCCCUCCUCCAGUCUCUUACCACCGAAACCGAUUUCUUCUCAUAUUACCGAUUGAACCUGUUCAACACCGAAUGCCCGUUUUGGUCUGAUGCCAAUAGCAUGUGUGGCAACAUUGCAUGCUCUGUGAAUACGAUUGAGUCCGAGGAGGAUAUUCCGCUUACCUGGCGCGCGGAGGAGCUGAGCAAGCUGGAGGGGCCAAAAGCCAACCAUCCGCCACGCAGGGUACAGGCGGAACGUCCGAAGGAGCGACCUCUCCAGGGUAUGCUCGGAGAGGGUGUCGGUGAAAGCUGUGUGAUGGAGUAUGACGACGAAUGUGAUGACCGUGACUACUGUAUACCCGAGGACGAAGGCUCGGCGGGCAAGGGCGACUACGUGAGCUUGGUGGACAACCCUGAACGAUUCACCGGAUACUCCGGACCUGGUGCACACCAGGUAUGGGACGCCAUCUACCGCGAAAACUGUUUCAUGAAGUCCACCGAGGAGGCUCUGGAGGACCAGUCUCACAACGUUCCCCUCGGCGGACUCCAAGCAGCAUCUGAUUUCCGUAACGUGUUGCAGAAGGAGUCACAGCGCCUGGAUGGCCAGGAGCUGGAGUUGGAUAAUGAGUGCUUGGAGAAGCGAGUCUUCCACCGUCUUAUUAGCGGUAUGCACGCUUCUAUUUCCACCCACCUCUGCUGGGAUUACUUGAACCAGACCACCGGCCAGUGGCAACCCAACAUGCAGUGCUAUAAGGAGCGAUUGCACGACCACCCUGAGCGCGUCUCCAACAUGUACUUCAACUACGCCUUGGUGUCACGCGCUGUGGCCAAGCUGCGCAAGCACCUGCAAAGCUACACUUUCUGUACCAGCGAUCCCGUCCAGGAUUUCGACACCAAGCAGCGAGUCAACGAGCUUGCGGAAAUUCUGGCGCGUCCCCCUCGCAUCUUUGAUGAGGAGCUCAUGUUUCAAGAUCCCAUUGCUCACGGCCUGAAAGAUGACUUCCGAAACCGGUUCCGCAACGUUAGCCGCCUGAUGGACUGCGUUGGCUGUGACAAAUGCCGUCUAUGGGGAAAGCUCCAGAUCAACGGGUACGGAACCGCAUUGAAGGUUCUCUUCGAGUACGACGAGACUAAGAACGGCGAGAACCCGCCUCUGCGCCGCACUGAGCUCGUCGCUCUGAUCAACACCCUCGGCCGUAUCUCUCACAGUCUUGCUGCCGCGCGUAGCUUCCACGAGGCCUAUGAGGCCGGCCAGGAGCACGCAUUCCCCCUCCACCACUAUGCUCCUCUCGCCCCCAAGAAUGCUGAAGUGACGCCGGACAAGAAGCAACCCAGACGUGUAUUCCACGAUGGUGCUGGUAACCUGUACUAUGAGGAGAAUGAUGACAGUGAAUGGUACCAUGGAGGUCAGAAGAUGGAGGGACGCAAGCCCUGGGAGUACCCGGUCCGCCCCGAGAAGGCCACUCCCUAUGAUGACUUGGUGACUGAGUGGACCGUUAUUCGCGACACAACUUUGUAUGUCAUGAGGAGUUGGAUUGAAAUCCCUCGCACCUGUUAUGGCAUUUUGAGAUCAGAAACUGAGCGACUCUGGGCUUUCUGGCUGGGUCUGCCUGUUCCUCCUCGUCAGUGGAGACUCAAGGCUCCCGGGUCAGACGAUCCCAUGCGUAACUCUGUCGAUUAUAAAGAGCUUUGA